GCUUGACUCCAGACAGCCUUGGUCCCCCCUCCCAUGACAGCAGUCCUUUGAGCCCUGAAGCGACCACACCAGGAGCUCAUUCUCCAUCCCACCUCCACUAUCACAGCAAGGCCCAGCAUAGACGCUUCUCCAUGGAAGAUGUGAGUAAGCGCAUGUCUCUGCCCAUGGACAUCCGCCUGCCUCCAGAGUUCCUGAAGAAGCUACAGCAGGAGAGUGAAAACUCUGCCCCCUGCAAACCUCUCACCCGCAUGUCUAGACGUGCCUCUCUGUCUGAUAUCGGCUUUGGGAAAUUGGAGACAUACGUGAAGCUCGGCAAACUGGGCGAGGGAACGUACGCCACAGUGUUCAAAGGGCGAAGCAAACUCACAGAGAACCUGGUUGCACUAAAGGAGAUUCGGCUGGAGCACGAAGAAGGAGCCCCCUGCACUGCGAUCAGGGAGGUAUCUCUGCUAAAGAAUCUCAAACACGCCAACAUUGUCACGCUACACGACAUCAUCCACACGGACCGCUGCCUCACUCUGGUGUUUGAGUAUUUGGACAGCGAUCUUAAACAUUAUCUGGACAACUGUGGAAACCUCAUGAGCAUGCACAACGUCAAGAUCUUCAUGUUCCAGUUGCUGCGCGGUUUGGCCUACUGUCACAAAAGGAAAAUCCUCCACAGAGACCUGAAGCCUCAGAACCUGCUCAUCAACGACAAGGGCGAGCUCAAGUUAGCGGACUUUGGUCUUGCACGAGCCAAAUCUGUCCCCACGAAAACGUACUCCAAUGAGGUGGUCACACUGUGGUAUCGGCCCCCUGAUGUGCUGCUGGGAUCCACGGAGUACUCCAUGCACAUCGACAUGUGGGGCGUGGGCUGUAUUCUGUAUGAAAUGGCGACAGGCCGUCCGAUGUUUCCUGGAGCCACCGUCAAGGAGGAGCUGCACCUUAUUUUUAGGCUUAUGGGCACUCCCACAGAGGAGACUUGGCCUGGAAUCGGGAGCAACGAGGAGUUCAAGUCCUACCUCUUUCCUCAGUACAAACCCCAAGGUCUGAUCAACCAUGUGCCACGGUUGGACACUGAGGGGAUCGAUCUGCUGUCGGCGUUGCUGCUGUACGACACCAGGAGCAGGAUCUCCUCCGAGGACGCUCUGCAUCACCCAUACUUCCUCAUUCUGGGGGACAACAUUCAUAAUUUGGCUGAUACGGCUUCAGUGUUUUCCCUCAGAGAGGUGCAGCUGCAGAAGGACCCGGGUCACCGCAGCUCCGUGUUCCAGCCUUUAGGUCGAGGAAAGAAUCGACGACAAAGCAUCUUCUAGAGGUCGCAGGUCAAGGAGCUGCCUUCCAGUCCAAACUGCUCAACGAGACACACACCUGGACCUACCCAGAACCCCCCCGUUCCAUGACCAAACCGCCACCUCAAAGACACGCCUCCUUCCACACACGCCCAGCUUUGCUCACGUUUGCACGUUCAGCAACACUCGGUCGCGCCGCCAUCAUCGUGUUUUCCUGCUGUGCUCCAUCCGCACAUCUGCUUUCAUCAGGGCCGCCAAACGCCAGUCCUGCAGGAUCACACGGGGGCGGGGUCAACUCACCGUCUGAUCAUUUCAACAUUUUUUUAGCAGCACAUUGACAACUAAACAACAGUAAUUAAAAUAAUGAGAAAAUAAUUCAA